CCGGACAAUUUGUCGAACGGAACAGCUUCCGCUACGAAGUAAACAGAAGUUUGACAUUGGUCGCAUUUCUUGUCGUAAAUAAUGGCGUCGUUGUCUUUAAAUACGAUAAAACAAAUAAUGAGAGCAAUGGUCGACAAUAAAGGUUUCGACAGAGUCCUGCAAAAGGUGGAGGUAUUGGCUGCCACUCCAGGUAAAGUGGUGUGUGAGAUGCGGGUAGAAGAGGAGCACACCAACCGUGGAGGGACGCUACACGGCGGGCUGACAGCCACCCUUGUCGAUGUGAUCUCCACCAUGGCUAUCAUGAACAGUGAGAGGGGAGCACCGGGAGUCAGUGUGGAUAUGAACAUAACAUACAUGACCGCUGCCAAGAUGGGAGAGGACGUACUCAUCACUGCCCAGGUUCUGAAGCAGGGGCGGACGCUGGCGUUUGCCACCGUAGACCUCACCAACAAGGCCACGGGGAAGAUCAUAGCACAAGGAAGACACACCAAACACCUUGGCAGCAGCUAAACUGUCUCCGCUAUGUGCCUCUUUGUAAAUCACACAUCAUGUAACUAUUGUGUCAGAACAAAUGAAGAUGUAAACUAACCUCUGCCUGUAAAUAGUGUUGUUAACAGUGUUACAAAUCCUUCCCAUGGCUGGUGUUGCUACCACUGUUUCAUAUUUGUCCUCAACACUACUGUAUCAGUGGUACUGUUUCAUGCACAUGCAAUAAAACAAAUGGACAACAAA